AUGACCCUGAACGGCGGCGGCGGCGGCGCGGCGGGCGGGAGCCGCGGCGGCGGGUGCCGGGAGCGCGAGCGCCGUCGGGGCAGCACGCCCUGGGGCCCCGCGCCGCCGCUGCACCGCCGCAGCAUGCCGGUGGACGAGCGCGACCUGCAGGCGGCGCUGGCUCCCGGCGCGCUGGCCGCGGCCGGCGCGGGCCCCCGGACCCGGGGCCCGAGGCUGGACUGGCCCGAGAGCUCCUCCGACUCGCUCAGCUCCGGGGGCAGCGACUCCGAGGAGAGUGUGUACAAGGUGCUGCUGCUGGGCGCGCCCGGCGUGGGCAAGAGCGCCCUGGCGCGCAUCUUCGGCGGCUUAGAGGACGGGCCGGAAGCCGAGGCCGCAGGGCACACGUACGAUCGCUCCAUCAUGGUGGAUGGAGAAGAGGCAUCGCUCAUGGUCUAUGACAUUUGGGAUCAGGAUGGGGGCCACUGGCUACCUGGCCACUGCAUGGCCAUGGGGGAUGCAUACGUCAUCGUCUAUUCCGUGACGGACAAGGGCAGCUUCGAGAAGGCCUCAGAGCUGCGGGUCCAGCUGCGGCGGGCGCGGCAGACAGACGACGUGCCUAUCAUCCUGGUGGGCAACAAGAGCGACCUGGUGCGCUCCCGGGAGGUCUCCUUGGACGAGGGCCGGGCCUGCGCGGUGGUCUUCGACUGCAAGUUCAUCGAGACCUCGGCGGCUCUGCACCACAACGUCCAGGCGCUGUUCGAGGGCGUCGUGCGCCAGAUACGCCUGCGCAGGGACAGCAAAGAGGCCAACGCCCGCCGGCAAGCGGGCACCAGGCGGAGGGAGAGCCUGGGCAAGAAGGCGAAGCGCUUCCUGGGCCGCAUCGUGGCGCGCAACAGCCGCAAGAUGGCCUUCCGGGCCAAGUCCAAGUCUUGCCACGACCUCUCGGUGCUCUAG